AUGGAGACCAUGGUCUUGGCUGCUACCAUGUACAGUGAUUACAUAAUAGAAGAUCAGAUGAACUCCGACGAUGUUCGAGCGCGGAAGACAACAAAACGGUCCGAUAUGAGCUCGCAUCAGAACGGAAAGCCGAAGAACAACGGGAAGCUCAAUGGUUCGACUUCCAUGGACAUUGACGAGCAGAACACCUGGUACAAGUGGGAGCCGUCGUCCAUGAAGGUGUCUGGAGCAACGCUCCUGAAAGAGAAGGAUACCCCAAAGUUUGCAGCGGGUCUCCUCAACUUCGAGCUCGGGUUUGCUUUCAAGCCUCUGGUGUGGGAGUUCAGCAUCAAGAGAAGCGGCAAGGAAUGGAUUGGAGUUGGGGUGGUGGACUCGUCGAUACCGCUCGACGAGUCCUUGCGUCAGAGAGGAUCGGAGACGACACGAACUCACACUUACGUGUCCGUGAAGAUGGAGAGCAAGCGCGACCUUGCAUGGUUCUACCAUGAUCGUGGUUUCCUUUGCCGCGGGGAGCACAUAGAGGAUACAGAGGUGGAGCCGUUCCAGUGGGACCACAAAGGCAUCUGUCGCAUUGGGGUUCACUUCGACUAUCAAAACGCGGAGCUCCGCUUCUCUUGCAACGGUCAGGAUGUCAAGGGCAAGCUGGGGGGGGUGCAGGGUCCCGACCUGUAUCCCGCGGUUUACAGCAGCGGCUCUGGUACCACGUUUUGCUGUACAGCAUUUCCUUCGCAGUUUGGGCUGACAUGUCGGAGAUCGAACUUCGAGGGAAGGAAUCCUCCGACGGUCAAGUCGAAUCUUCUGCGGAUCGCGCAUGAGAGUCUAGAGAAGCAGCGACGUCGGGAGGACUUGUGGACAAACUUCGACGACCACAACGACCAAAUGCUCUCCGAAGGGUUUCAGACGCCAUUGCAAAGUUGGACCCCCAACGAUUCCGACACCGAGACCCCCCGCGCAGACACGAGCAACGCCGAUGUCUUGGUGCAGCCCGUUGCCAUGGCAGAGGACAAGACAGCGUCACCUGGGUUUGCAAGCAAGAAGAAACUCUCGUUCGAGACAUCUGAUCACGGCACUGAACCAUCACAGAAAAACGUGGAAGAUGGGGAAGAAGAAGAGACGCCGAUAGACGUCAAGGACAUAUCCGUAGGAUCUGACACUGGGGAGACUCAAGACGAGGCCUCGGCUGUCGAUUUUGAUGAGAGCGAGGCAGUGGACAUGGGAAGGUCGGCAAUGAAACCUGAUGAGCAAGGAACUUUGAGCUCGCUGACCUCAGCCAUCAGCAAGGAGAAGGCAAAGAUGAUCGUAGAUAAGAUAAGCCAUCUUCAGAUCCUUGAACAGAUUAUCUGCGCUGGGUUACACGCUGGCGGCAAGAGCGAGGAGGAGGCACAGCACUGUAAGACGGUGGCGGGGGAAACGACGAGCGAGGAGGAGGAGCCGUACCUGAGGAACCAAGCCCACGUGGGGCAGAUGAAUCAGCAAGUGAACGCCAGCAAUGGUUCUAUCCUUGAGAACAGACAGCAGGACUAUGGGCCAGGGAAACCCAAGAAGAAGACGAGAUGUUUCACAUGGAUGAGACAGGCUCUGGUGAGAACAAGGGAGAAGAACGAAGAGAUGGAUUAUUUCUGCAGUGAUGACAGAAGCAGAUGA